GAGGAGGAGUCGAAUCCCAGCUCACUCCAUCAUGCCAGUUGUGAAGAGCCGAGAGGAGAUCCGGGCUGGCGAUGUUCAAGGGACGGCAUUUACACUCCUCCGCAAUGCUUGUCAGCCUCCACCCGUCUCCCACCUGCCCUCCGGUCACGCACCUUCUCUCCUCCUCGUCCUCCCGCCCCCGUCGUCCUCCCGCCGCGCCCCUAAAACAGACGUCGCGCCACCCGAAUGCUCGGCCACGGCUGCUCCCGCUCUUCCUCGUCCUCGUUCUGCUCCUGCGGCCCGUCCGCGGGGCUCGGGGCAGGGGGGGCGGUCCAGGUUCGGGACCGGUGGGUGGCCCAGGGGGGCAGGGUGGCCCGAGGGGAGGCGGCACCCAGCGCGGCGGCGUCAUCCCCCCUCAGUACUCCCCCGGGCCACAGGUUCUUCCCCCGAUCAACCCCAAACUCAUCAGCUCCCUCAGCAUCGCCGUCAUCUUGGUAGGGAACUCUAGUGAAGUGGCCCUGGGAGCGGGACUCGAGAAAGAGGACUUCCUGCACAUCCCCUACCCCCCGAAGGUGGAGGUGGUCACCAUGAACGAGACCGAUCCAAAGAGCAUCAUCAAUCGGAUCUGUACGCAGAUGUCGAGGAACUCUCUGCAGGGCGUCGUUUUUGGCGACGCCACGGACCAGGAGGCCAUCGCUCAGAUCCUGGACUUCAUCUCGGCCCAGACUCACAUCCCCGUUCUGGGCAUCCGCGGAGGCUCUUCCAUGGUCAUGGCGGCCAAGGACGACAACUCCAUGUUUUUCCAGUUCGGGCCAUCGAUCGAGCAGCAGGCCUCGGUCAUGUUGAAUAUCAUGGAGGAGUAUGACUGGUACAUCUUCUCCAUCGUCACCACAUACUACCCGGGCUACCAGGACUUUGUCAAUAAGGUCCGCAGCACCAUCGACAAUAGCUUUGUGGGCUGGGAGCUGGAGGAAGUCCUACUGCUGGACAUGUCAGUGGACGACGGCGACUCCAAAAUCCAGAACCAGCUGAAGAAACUGCAGAGUCCGGUCAUCCUGCUCUACUGCACCAAGGAGGAGGCCAGCACCAUCUUCGAGGUGGCUCAUUCUGUGGGGCUCACCGGUUACGGCUUCACGUGGAUCGUUCCCUCGUUGGUGGCCGGAGACGCGGACCACGUGCCCGCUGUUUUCCCGACGGGGCUGAUCUCGGUGUCGUACGACGAGUGGGAUUACAACAUUGAGGCCAGGGUGCGUGACGCAGUCGCCGUCAUUGCCACGGCGACCUCCACCAUGAUCCUGGAUCGGGGGCCUCACACCCUGAUGAAAUCCAGCUGCUUCGGAACACCUGACAAGAAGAACACCAACACUGGCCACUCCAAGGAAAUACUCAGGUACAUCAUGAAUGUGACGUUUGAAGGGCGGAACCUGUCGUUCAGCGAAGAGGGCCACCAGAUUUUCCCCAAACUGGUCAUCAUCCUGCUGGACAAGGACAGACAGUGGGACAGGGUGGGCAAGUGGGAGAAUGGCUCUCUGUCCAUGAAGUACCACGUGUGGCCUCGCUUCGAGCUGUACUCGGCGGCGGAGGAGCACGAGGACCACCUGUCCAUCGUCACGCUGGAGGAGGCGCCUUUUGUCAUCGUGGAGGACGUGGACCCGCUGAGCGGCACCUGCAUGAGGAACACCGUGCCUUGUCGGAAACAACUCAAACUCAGCAACCAGACACGCGAUUCGGGCAUCUACAUCAAGCGCUGCUGCAAAGGUUUUUGCAUCGACAUUCUGAAGAAGAUCGCCAAGGCGGUCAAGUUCACCUACGACCUCUACCUGGUCACUAACGGUAAACACGGCAAGAAGGUGAACGGGACGUGGAAUGGCAUGGUUGGAGAGGUGGUGCUUAAGAACGCUCACAUGGCGGUGGGCUCGCUCACAAUCAACGAGGAGAGGUCAGAGGUCAUCGACUUUUCCGUGCCGUUCAUCGAGACGGGAAUUAGCGUGAUGGUUUCCCGUAGCAACGGCACCGUGUCACCUUCUGCCUUCUUAGAGCCCUUCAGCGCUGACGUGUGGGUGAUGAUGUUUGUGAUGCUGCUGAUCGUGUCCGCCGUGGCCGUGUUUGUGUUCGAGUACGUCAGCCCGGUGGGUUACAAUCGCUGCCUGGCAGACGGCAGAGAGCCCGGCGGACCCUCCUUCACCAUCGGAAAGGCCAUCUGGCUGCUUUGGGGUCUGGUGUUCAACAACUCCGUUCCGGUGCAGAAUCCCAAAGGUACCACCAGUAAGAUCAUGGUGUCAGUGUGGGCCUUUUUCGCCGUCAUCUUCCUGGCUUCCUACACUGCCAACCUGGCAGCCUUCAUGAUCCAGGAGGAGUAUGUGGACCAGGUGUCGGGACUGUCAGACAAAAAGUUCCAGAAGCCUAACGAGUUCUCGCCGCCGUUCCGCUUUGGCACCGUGCCCAACGGGAGCACAGAGCGCAACAUCCGCAACAACUACCGGGACAUGCACAGCUACAUGACCAGCUUCCACCAGAAAAACGUGGACGAGGCCCUGUACAGUCUCAAGAACGGCAAACUGGACGCCUUCAUCUACGACGCGGCAGUGCUCAACUACAUGGCGGGACGGGAUGAGGGCUGCAAGCUGGUCACUAUUGGCAGCGGCAAGGUGUUUGCCUCCACUGGUUACGGCAUCGCCAUCCAGAAAGACUCGGGCUGGAAACGAGCUGUGGACCUUGCCAUCCUCAUGCUCUUUGGGGACGGUGACAUGGAGGAGUUUGAGGCUUUGUGGCUGACAGGUAUCUGCCACAAUGAGAAGAACGAGGUUAUGAGCAGUCAGCUGGAUGUGGACAACAUGGCGGGGGUCUUCUACAUGCUCGGGGCUGCCAUGAUUCUGUCACUUAUCACCUUCAUCUGUGAACAUUUGUUCUACUGGCAGCUGCGCUUCUGCUUCAUGGGCGUGUGUUCCGGAAAGCCCGGGGUCACCUUCUCCAUUAGCAGGGGUAUCUACAGCUGCAUACACGGAGUACAAAUUGAGGAAAACAAAUCCACCCUCGACUCACCUUCAUCCACCAUCAAGAAGAACAUGAACAACACUCACUCGAACAUCUUGCGGCUGCUCCGCACUGCCAAAGACAUGACUGCAGUGCCGGGCAUUAACGGCUCGCCACACGCGGCCCUGGAAUACAACCACGGCGGCCGCGAUUCAGCCAUCUAUGACAUUCAGGAGCACCGGCGCAGCCUCGUAGGGCACCCUGCAGACUGCAAGUCAGCACCGCCUUACAUCCAAGAGGACAACAUGUUCACGGACUACAUCGGCGAGGUGGAGAGGACUUUUGGGAACUUGCCCCUGAAGGACAACAACUUGUACCAGGACCAUUACCGGCACCACCACCCAGUCUCGGCUUUGGGUAUGUCCGGCCCCCCGCCUAAUAGGCCGCGUAGCUUAGGCAGUGCUAGCUCAUUGGAAGGGGGCAUGUUCGAUUGUGAAAGUUUAGGGGGAGGAGUAGCACCCAUCUUCACCACUCAGCCCCGCCCCUCCAUGACUCACAGGAAUACCAAUAAGUUUGACCUGAUUGCGGGUCACCCCCCCGCGGAUUCCAACCAAGUCGGCUUCAAGGGAAGCGAUGUGUACGGGAGGUUUUCGUUCAAAGGAGGCGCAUCCAGCACAGGGCUCAUCGGGGAUCAUGAGAGGUACUGCGGGGGAGGCGGAGGCGGGGGAGGCUCAGGAGGGGACGACGGAAACGUUCGCUCCGACGUGUCGGAUAUCUCCACUCACACCGUCACCUACGGCAACCUGGAGGGCAACGCCAAGCGGCAUAAGCAGUACAGGGACAGCCUGAAAAAGAGGCCAGCCUCUGCCAAGUGCAGACGGGAGCAGGACGAGAUAGAGCUGAGCGGCUUCAGGAGGAGACCCCACCACCACACCGUCCACCACCACUUCCCUCACGGGCACCUGGCACACCGCACCAUCUCACCUCCCCUGGAGCGGAAGCGAGGAGGGGGUAACGCUUCACCUUACUUAUUCCGCAAAGACAAAGAGAACUUGAGGGAGUUCUAUGCGGACCAAUUCCGCUCUAAGGAGGGCAAGUGGGAGCAAGAGGGUGGAAGUGGAGGAAGUGGCGUGGGCGUCGGUAGCGGUGGUGGUAUCUGUAAGAGCUUAGUUCCUGUCGAAGACUUUCUUAAAGGAAAACUCAAGAAGCAGGAGUCCAAAGGUGGGCUGGGCUCGGUGUCGGCAGGUCAGCAGGCCCACACCUGCUGGGAAAAGGGCCUUUCCGGACUGGGAGGAGGCGGCAUCGCCGGAGGUGACUGGGAGUGUCGUAACUGCCACAGUGUGUGUCACCAUGGUGGAGGCGUAGGGGGCUCGUGCCCAGCUAGUGGAAUUGGGGGGAGCGGUAUUCGCCCCAGCUCCGCCAGCUGCAAGCGCUGCGACUCGUGUAAGAUUCAGCCGAGCAAUCUGUACAACAUCAGCGAGGAUAACAACGUUGUGUUUGCUGCGGGGAAGAGUAACAUGGGAGCAGGCCACACGCCGACUCAGAGCAGGAAGCUAGGGCCAGGUGGGCGGGUCUUACGGAGGCAGCAUUCUUAUGACACAUUUGUAGACCUGCAGAGGGAGGGUUCAGGUCGCAUGGGAGUGGGCGGCGGGGGCCAGUUUGCCCAGCCCCGAAGUGUGAGCCUUAAAGACAAAGACCGCUACAUGGAGGGCCCCAGCCCUUAUGCUCAGAUGUUUGAGAGGUACGCAGGAGAAAGAGAUGCUUCCAUGUUUGCAGGAAUAGGCGGAGACAGGGCUAAAGGGGGCUCCUCCUUUAGUUUAUUUCGCGGAGGCGAAGGUGGGUUGCAUCGGCGCUCUGUGGGCGAGAGAGACCUGAGAGACAGGGACAGGGCUAUGAGGGGAGGUGGGAGCGGUGGUGGUGAUGGUGGUGGUGGUGGUGGUGGUGGCAGAGACGCCGGGACUUACUCCUUGUCUAAAUCUCUCUACCCAGAUAAGGUGAACCAGAACCCCUUCGUCCCAACCUUCGGCGAUGACCAGUGUCUUUUACACGGUGCCAACCCCUACUACGUCAAAAAGCCGCAGACGCAGCAACAGCAGCAGCAGCUACUCAACAACAGCCGAGGAGGAGGGGACUUCAGGGGCUCCACGGGGGCGGCUUCUUAUUUGCCUGCUUCGGCCACAGCCGGGGUGAUGUCCAAUGUAGCCCCCAGGUUCCCCAAAGAUCUGUGUCUGGGCGGGGUGGGCGGUCCCAUGGGCAACCACCUCGGAGCCAACAAGCUCAUGCCCGGGGGCCGCGACACGUUAGGUUUGGGGCAAAGACCCUUCCACGGUGCCAGCAACGGACACGUCUACGAAAAGCUCUCCAGCAUAGAGUCGGACGUCUGAGGGGAGAAGAGAAGCGGCAAAGGGGCUGAAGAUUGAUGGGAAAUCCCCCCCAAAAAUCUACACAGUGCAACGUCCUCUUUGUGAGUAGAGAAGCUGAAGACGCGAGUGGGUUUCGUUGUCACGCCACUAAACGCAACAAUCUGGACCGUGCGCAGCAGCAGGUCAAAGCCAAAGUGCGGACGGCAAGUUGUAAACGACAACUGGAGAGGAUUGUGGUGCUGGGAAGGAGGUAGGGCUAGACAGAUGGAGGAGGGGGGGUGUGCCCUGCUCGCUUUAGAAGCUCCUUGUUCCAAAACACCAAUUUUCGUUCACAACGGUAUUACAAUCAUGAAUGAGAAAUCAACACUGCUGAAGUAACAGGGUAAAUUAACAAUAAUUGUACCAAUAGUGUUAAUAUUAUUACUGAAUAUUACUCAAGUGUUUCAAGAUGAUUGGUUUGUUUUCCAAUUUGAUUUCUUCAAGUAGUGUUCGUAUGAUGUUGAUUGUUUCUUAGCUUACCAACUUCACAGGAGACUUGUGGACCACUUUGAAUAUUUUGGGGGCUCCUGUCAUUUUGGAUUCUUCUUUGCAAUGAAUUAUUUCUUCAUAUUUGAUUGAUUGGUUGAUUUAUUUACUUUUUCAAGAUUUAUGAGUAUUGUGACGUGUAUGUGACCAAAAGGCAUGACGUGCUGAGUACAAUGUACUUAUUGGUUUACAUUUUUCAAAGGUCUUUUUUUCAGCUGUUA